AUGUUUGCGACAAGGAGCCUACUAAGAACAGCCGCCAGGCAAUGCACUUGCUCAUCCACUAGACUGCUUCCAUCUAGAAUACCAAAGAAUAUACAACCGAUUCCAAUUCGGACAAUCGCCUCUGCUGUCCAUGUAUCGCCUGUAGUGCUUCCAAAUCUCAACGGGCCGCUCGCUACAGUCCGUAAAACGAGUGGGAAGAAGCUGCCUAGGAAGGCUGCAUUGACUCUGACAGAGUCUGCUGUUUCUCGCUUAAAGGAACUAGUAUCGGAUCCACUAGAUCCAAAACUAUUAAAGGUUGGUACCAAGAAAAAGGGCUGCUCGGGCCAAACAUAUAAUCUCGAAUACGUGUCAACACCAUCCAAAUUCGACGAAGUCAUUGAACAAGACGGCGUCAAGGUGCUGAUAGAUUCCAAGGCCUUGUUUUCUCUAGUCGGAUCAGAAAUGGAUUACAUAGAAGAUAAACUGAGUAGUCAAUUCGUCUUUCACAAUCCGAAUGUCAAGGAAAUGUGUGGAUGUGGACAGAGUUUUAUGACAUGA